AACAUGACACAUGCGGUAUAGCAAAUCUACAACAAAACUUGAUUAAUCAUUUAAAAUCUGACUGCAUUGCUUUAUUAUAUUAUUCUAAAGGUCGGUAGAAGAUAAAACGAAUACAUCAAUAGUCUCGAAACAUGGAGGGCGAUACAUUUCAGCAAUGGAAGAAUCAGUGUCUUAAUAAGUGUGAUUUCAGUAAGAAGGGCAGUGUGGAUGAGGAUAUUUCUCAUAUCGUCUCCUUUAUUAACAGUCAUGAUCGGUACUUCACGACAAGCUCUUGCUCCGGAAGAAUCAUCCUUUUUGACGGGGUGUCAGAUUGCCUUGAUGUGCAAAAGCGAAACUGUUCCUGGUUAUUUGUCACUCAUCAGAAGUGCCAAAGAGAAGAUGUGGUCGCAGGUCUGGAGAAGUCUGUUGGAGAUGCCACUUUCAAGUUUGAGCCUUUUGUCCUUCACGUUCAGUGUAAACAGCUUGGCGAUGCACAACUACUGCACACUGUUGCAAUAAACUCAGGCCUUAGGAAUUCUGGUAUAACUGUGGGAAAGAAAGGCAAGAUCAUCAUGGCGGUACGCAGCACACAUUGUCUUGAGGUUCCACUCAGCCACAAGGGGAACGUCCUCACCACUGACCAGUACCUUGAUUUCCUCGUCGGAGUUGCGAACCAGAAGAUGGAAGAAAAUCUUAAAAGAAUAGAGAGAUUCUAUGAGUGCUUACAAGGUGCCCUACAACCUCAAGAACAGAGAUGUAGUUUAAAGGAGGAGGCCGACAAGAAACCCAUCUACAGACGGAGGAGGAAAAGGACGCAGGACGAUUCUGUGACAGACUGUUGCCAAAGCGUCAAAGAACAUAAUGAAAACAGCGAAGAGGAAAUGGACUGUGAUCUACUGUUUUUAUCUUAG